AUGGGUGAAGUUCCUAGCUACUGUCGUUGGGUGUAUGACCGUUGUUACAGUGGUAGGAGAGGCUUGAAGGAAACUUUUGUGAUAGGAGUUGAACAGUUUAUUCAGAUUGCUCGACAAUAUAAAUAUUAUGCUCUUGAGGGAGGGAUUAGAUGUCCCUGCAUUAAGUGCGAAUGUACUCAUAUUUUGAAAGAUGAGGAAGUUAAAGUUCAUUUAUACAAAAAAGGAUUCAUGCCAGAUUACUGGAUUUGGACAUUUCACGGUGAAGAAGUGCCCUCUGUUUAUUUGGGUGAACAUGACACACAUUUACCUAGUUCAAGCACGGUGGAUCAUACCUUUGAGAUGAAUCAAAUUAUGUAUAUGCAAGAGAUGUUGAGUAAUGCUCUUGGCCAACAUGAUUCAUUUGAAGAAGCAGACGGGAGUCAUUUAGAAGAGUCUCCAAAUGACUUCAGUCAGAGAUUUUACAAUUUAUUAGCAGAUGCCAAUGAACUUGCAUUUGAAGGGGUUACAGAGUCUAAAUUGUCAGUAUGCAUCAGACUUUUGUCCCUCAAAUCCAACUGGAACAUUCCCAACCAAGCAUUGGACAACAUUGCAAAACUCAUUUUAGAUCUAACACCACCAAAUAAUUCUUUGCCCAAGAAUUACUAUGAAGCAAAGAGAUUAGUUUCAAAGUUGGGAUUGGAGUAUAAGAAGAUUGAUUGUUGUAUGAACGACUGUAUGUUUUUCUAUGACAAUGAUAAUGGAAAAAUGAUGCAUCUUUGCUCCAAUGCAAAUUUUGUGGACACCCUCGAUAUCGUACACUCCAUGGAGGCCAGAGGCAAAAAAAAACCAAUUCCAUUGAAGUCCAUGUUCUACUUGCCUAUAAUUUUAAGACUACAAAGAAUGUUUGCUUUAAUGCAAACAGCACAACAUAUGACAUGGCAUGAUGAGAACAAAAUAGAAGGCAUGCUACGUCAUCCAUUCGAUGGACAAGCUUGGAAGCACUUUGAUCGAAAGCAUCCUUCCUUCGCCAGUGAUCCCCGUCCAUCUAAUCCAAAGGCAUCGAUAGAUGUUUAUCUAGAGCCUUUGAUUGAUGAUUUGAAUAAGCUGUGGAGUGGUAUUUGGACGUAUGAUGUUUCAAGGAAGCAAAAUUUCCUAUUGAGGGCAGCUUUAAUGUGGACUAUUAAUGACUUCCCUGCAUAUGGGAUGUUAUCCGGUUGGAGCACACAUGGUAGAUUAGCCUGUCCGCAUUGUAUGGAGCAUACUAAGUCGUUCACAUUGAAUUAUGGUCAGAAAAGUUGUUGGUUUGAUUGUCAUCGUCGAUUCUUGCCAAGUGACCAUCCAUUUAGGAGAAACACUAGGGCAUUUCGCAAAGGGGAAGUUGAAACGGAUGGGCCACCUCUGAGGUUGACUCCAUCACACCUUUGGAGAAGAGUCAAACAUUUUCCAAAAGUGACUGAAAGUGGUCUCAUAAGGAUCGAUGGGUAUGGAGAGUGGCAUAAUUGGACUAAAAAAACUAUCUUUUGGGAUCUUCCAUAUUGGAAAGAUAACUUGCUAAGACAUAAUCUUGAUGUCAUGCAUAUAGAAAAGAAUUUCUUUGACAACAUCUUCAACACAGUGAUGAAUGUUAGUGGUAAGACAAAAGAUAAUGACAAAGUAAGAAGAGAUAUUGGUUUAUAUUGUCGGCGCAAAGACUUGCAGUUGAAGUCACAGGGCGAUGGGAAGUGGCUCAAGCCAAAAGCAAAUGAUACGAUGACAAAAGAUGAAGCUAAAAUAGUUUGUCGUUGGAUCAAAGAGCUUAGAAUGCUAGAUGGUUAUUCUUCAAACUUGGCAAGAUGUGCUGAUAUUGAAAAGGGUAGUAUUCAUGGUAUGAAGAGUCAUGAUUGUCAUGUAUUCAUGGAGACAUUACUCCCUAUUGCGUUCAGCUCGUUGCCGAUACAUGUGUUAAAUCCUCUAAUAGAAAUUAGUCAGUUCUUCAAAGACUUGUGCUCAACGACACUGAAGGAGGAUUCAUUACAAAAACUAGAGGAAAAUAUUCCUCUUAUUAUUUGCAAAUUGGAAAGAAUAUUUCCUCCAGGAUUCUUUGAUUCAAUGGAGCAUCUCCCUAUUCAUCUUCCAUAUGAAGCAUGGCUUGGCGGACCAGUACAAUAUAGGUGGAUGUAUCCAUUUGAAAGAUUUAUGGGGGAAUCAAAGCGUUCUGUAAAAAAUAAAGCCAGAGUAGAAGGAUCCAUUUGUGCAACUUACUUGCAUCCUGAGCAAAUACCUCAAGGAACGUCUUCUACCAACAUAUACUCAAAUUUUCCUCAUUGGUUUAGAAACCAAGUUUACAACGAGCCAUUAUGUGUUAGAAAUCAAGAGUUAAGGGAUUUGGCAAACCAACCCAUGAGAUGCGUGAAGGAGUGGCACACAUACUUUGUCAAUGGAUACAAAUUUCACACUAAUGCAUGGUCGAACGAGAAGAAGACAAUUAAUUGUGGUGUGUACGUGAAAGGCCUCACAGAGGGUGGUUAUGAUGAUUUUUAUGAAAUAAUUCAUAAAAUAUAUGAGCUAGAGUACAACACCUCUACUUAUCCAAAGAAAGUUGUUCUUUUUUAUUGUGAAUGGUUUGAUCCUUCUAGAAAUGGUACAAGAGUACAUCCUACGUAUAAUACUGUCGAACUUCAAAUCAAUUUAAGAUACCCACCAUUUGAUCCAUUCAUUCUAGUAAAUAAUGUUAAACAAGUUUAUUAUGUCUCGUAUCCAGCAUUUCGGAACAUCAACAAACGUGGUUGGUGUGUUGCAAUACAAACUAAGCCUAGGGGUCAUGUUGAGUCAAAUGAGGUGGAAGAUGAUAUUCCCUAUCAAGUUGAUGAAAUGUCACAUGCCCAUCAAAUAAUUGAAGUUGAAGGUGUCUCUACAUUGCAUGACCUUGGUGGGGAUGGUGAAGAAUUGGAAGAAGAUGAAUGCACAAUGUCAUCCAGGGGUCCACCUAAUCCUGGCAAGGGGAAAGAGGUAGCAAAACCAAAAAGGGCACCAAAAAGGCCACGCUACCUGAUAAAAGUUCCUCCUGCAAGACCAUCCAUAUCCAGUCCAUCCACUCUUGCUGACACACAUAGUGCAGCCUUACAGUCAAUCUUUGUAGGUCUUGCACCCAUACCAUUACCUUCACCUAGUGAUCCUGCCUCUUCUGGUCCCACUAAUGCAGAUGCUGCUUUUGUUGACCCUCCUCCCAAUGAACGACCCACAAUUGAACCUUAUGGGAAAGGGUUUUAUCCUUCUAGAGUUGCUUCCCAGGCCAUCACAAGGCUCAGUGGAGACCUGAGCAUGAAGCUCAAAUUCACACAAAUUUUAACUCUAGAGCUUCACAUAGGCUCUUGGAGAUGUUUAGAGAGGCCAGAAUUCUAUAAUAUGUGGCGUGCACGAGCUAUGGCUAACCGUAGGAGGAGGAACACAGCUGGAGCUGAUGACAUAGCUCAGGCGAUCCAUCGUAUGGUGGACGCGAUGCAACCCAUAGCGGCGCCACCCAGAGCUGUAGUGGCACCUACCCGACCAGUAUCUAUGGAGGAUUUCAUGAAACACCGGCCAGCCAAGUUCUCUGGUAAGGCCACUCCUGGUGAGGCAGAUGCCUGGAUGCGAGAAUGCGAGAAGAUCUAUCGAGUGCUGGGGUGCACGGAUGAGCAGAGGCUGUUGUUUGUCACAUUUCUCCUGGUGGCAGACGCAGAGUAUUGGUGGCAGGGGAUGCAGUAG